UGUGCGCCUUGCACCAGGGACGAUGAUUCGUGAAAUGCUGACGUUCAAACAUACCCUGUUCUUCAAUCUCUUGCUUCCCCCAAUCAUUCUCAACUCCGGCUAUGAACUCAAGCAGGAGAACUUCUUCCGCAACUUUGGCUCAAUACUAACCUUUGCGUUCCUGGGAACGAUGAUAUCUGCUGUGGGAGUUGGGGUGCUUGUGUACAUUUAUUCAUUCCUCGGCCUGGAAUCUCUCGAGCUUUCGCUCAUCGAGUGUUUGACGUUUGGUUCGACACUGUCCGCGACAGAUCCAGUGACCAUCCUUGCCAUUUUCAAUCAGUACAAGGUCGACCCGAAGCUCUACACUAUCAUCUUUGGCGAGAGUUUGCUCAACGAUGCGGUUAGUAUUGUCAUGUAUGAGACGCUUUCUCAGUUCCAUGGAACCGAGAUCUACGCCUGGUCCAUCUUCCAUGGUAUAGGAAUUUUCCUGCUGUCAUUCAGCGUGUCCAUGGCCUUAGGUGUCGUCUUUGGCCUAGCGAUGUCGCUUCUCCUCAAGCAUUCCUCUCUAUCGCACUACCCUGGCAUUGAGUCCUGCCUGGUAGCUCUCUCAGCAUACACCUGCUACUUCUUCUCGAAUGGCACAUCUAUGUCCGGGAUCGUCUCGCUGUUGUUCUGCGGCAUUACCUUGAAACAUUACGCGUACCAUACGAUGUCAAGACGGACGCAGCGCACGACGAAGUACAUCUUCUCGACCCUUGCACAGCUCUCGGAGAAUUUCAUCUUCAUCUAUCUCGGUCUCUCACUGUUCACGAGCCCUCCUUCGUCGACGAAGGUCACAAACUACUUCAAACCGCUGUUCAUUAUCAUUACAACCGUUGCCGUUGUCUUCACGCGCUACGCGGCGGUCUUCCCACUUUCAGAGGCCAUCAAUCUCUUCCACCGACAUGCGCGGGGACAGCGCAGCGAAGAGAUUCCCCAUUCGUACCAAAUGAUGCUCUUUUGGGCAGGCCUCCGUGGUGCUGUGGGCGUUGCACUUGCCGCUGGCUUCAAGGGCGACAAUGCGCAGACUCUCCGCACGACCGUCCUCGUUGUAGUCGUGCUCACGGUCAUCACGUUCGGCGGCACCACGGCCUAUAUGCUCCAGGUUCUCGGUAUUCGCACCGGCGUAGAAGACAACACAGCAAGCAGCAGCGACGAAGACCUCCCUCGCUCCGGGUGGUUCAGCGGCUACGGCAGGCGCGGGAACGGUCGGUGGACUGGGUACACAGAUGAUGGUGAUGGAUACAUGGCCUCCCAGCAGGCCGCGGCCAUUCGGCAGGGCCGCAGAAAUAUUGGUAUUCAUUAUGGUGACCCAGGACCAAGAAGCUACAACCACCAGGCGCUAGCAGAGGGCUCGGCUCUCAAUACAAACACCAUCUUCUCCGCGGCGUCGUCAGACUACGACUCAGACGUCGAGGUUCUGCCUCUCGCGCCAGCGGCGGCAGGCGAUGUUGCCUCGCCAGGUGGCAAGCACGCGUCAACGUCGAGGGCGGCGACGACCGCGGCUGGGACGUCGGAGGAUGGCAAGUGGUUCCAGGCCCUCGACGAGCGAUAUCUGCUCCCGCUCUUCUCGAACGCGACUGCAAGCCGGACAUUCCACGCACGCAAGGCGCGCCGCGCGUCGGGCAUGAACUCCCCUGGAGGGCAUUUUGCUGCCGUGAGCGAGUCGGAUGAAGAGGACGGCGACGACGGGCGCGAGGUCGACCUCUCGAACACGCACACCCCCGUGCGCUCUCCGCGCGACACGGCGUCGCCAGCACCCGUGCAACAAGACUCGAACGCGCAAGAUAUACCACGACCCAUGAUAGGCGAGAGCCGCGUCGAGAGGGGGCUCGCGACUCCGAUGUUAAGGAGGGACAGCGAAGGUCAAACUCGCGGAGAGACAUGAGCAGACGUUCUAUGCACUACUCUUUACUGUAUCAAACCUUCUUCUUUUGAACUUUUGCCAGUCUUUAGAGUAUCUCUGGCUUAGAGAGUGUCGGCUCGGUUCCUGCAUGCCUCUUAGCCUUCGUCAAUCGUAUAAC